AAACUUAAUUAUCUCUUGAAGCCAAUUUUUUCAAAGAUGCCAGAGACAGAGUAUUCGUUUGGAAGGUCAUUACUGAGUUUGCGUCGGGACCAAGCACACUUAAUGGAUCAAUCUGCCUUCCCCGAGCCUAUGAGCAUGGAGGUAGAGUUAGAUUCUUUUCAAAGACAAGUUGCGGAAAAAUUCAUCGAUCUUAAUGCUUCCGCGGCUGAUGAUGAGAUCCUAUCACUUGAAUGGAUAGGGAAACUUCUUGAUUCUUUUCUUUGUUGUCAAGAAGAUUUCCGAGUUAUAAUAUUCAACCAUAAGUCUCAGCUCCUUAAACAACCAAUGGACCGAUUGAUAGAAGACUACUUCGAAAGGAGUGUUAAAGCUCUUGAUGUAUGUAAUGCGAUCCGUGAUGGCAUCGAGCAAAUCCGACAAUGGCAAAAACUGAUUGAAAUUGUUAUAUCCGCUUUGGACUCGAGUCGAAAACAACAACUUGGAGAAGGAGAAAUCCACCGUGCAAAGAAAGCUUUAAUUGAUUUGGCGAUUGGAAUGCUAGACGAGAAAGAGUCUUCAAACACAUUGGCACACCGUAAUCGCUCUUUCGCACGCAACAAAGACCAUAAUCAACACAUUGGCUACAUUAGGUCACUUUCUUGGAGCGUUUCCCGGUCAUGGUCAGCCGCUAGGCAGUUACAAGGCAUUGGAAAUAACUUAGCAACGCCUCGAGCAAGCGAUGUCAUGGCUACUAAUGGCCUAGCCCUCACUGUCUAUACGAUGACAUCAAUAUUAUUGUUUGUAACAUGGGUUCUUGUCGCAGCAAUACCUUGUCAAGACCGUGGUUUACAUGUCCAUUUCUAUUUCCCUAGGCAUUUCCAAUGGGCAGUACCAGUCAUGUCCUUGCACGAUAAGAUCAUGGAGGAAUCAAAGAAAAGAGACAAAAAGAAAAAGGGUUGUGGACUACUUAGAGAGAUUAAUCAAAUCGAGAGAAGCUCGAGAAUGUUAAAUGAUUUGAUCGAUUCGGACAACUUCUCAUUAACAGAUGAGAAGAGUUUAGAGGUGAAGGAGAGAGUGCAAGAAUUGGUGAAUGUGUGUGAAGCUAUGAAAGAUGGUUUGGAUCCGUUUGAUAAGAAAGUGAGAGAUGUCUUCCACCAAAUUGUUCGUACUCGCACUGAGGCUCUUGAUUCACUUGGAAAGCUUCAAAAUCAAGAAUAGGACAUUUUGCGACAUGUUUUCAUCUUUUGUGGAGUUUUGUUUUAAACACAUGUAAUGCAAGUAAUAUUGAGCUAAGAAAAGAUUAAUUUUUUU